AGCCGCAGGAAGCCAAAGGAAACGAAGCACAAGCGCAUUUGAAACUCUGAAGGGAUUGGAUUGUGCGUGCGCAGGUGCAGGAGAUGAGGCUUCCCUCAACGCUGGUGUUGCUGAUAUUUGCAUUUGUUGGAGGAAAUCUGCUUAUGGGCAUCUCCUCUAAUGCAAGAAGCGCCAAGAACUCCACAGAUCCAGGGCAUGGAAACAUUGAGUUAAACGGCAGGAAACUAAAGGAACGAUACACUAUCCGGAAGACAAGGGGCCUGGAAAAUAUUAGGACGGAUGACUACCAGCCCGUUGAUCCAAGCCCAAGCUCCAAAGCCACCAUCAGACCAGGUCCAAUUGAGCAUGGCGCACCGAUUCUUCCUUAUGUACCACAGUACCCACCGCCUCCUGGUGGCCACCCUGAGGGUGUGUCUCCUGCUGGAUCCCCUUCCACUUAGAUGCACGCUGAAAUUGUCCAAAUCUGCUAUGACCCCCUAUAUGCGGUCAAAGUCUGCUUUGUUAUGCUGUUUUCAAU